AUGAAGUUGACAGCACUUGCUCUUAGCUGCUCUUUCUGCCUUACUCUAGCAUUUCCAUCCCCGGAUCCAUCAAAUUUUGCUCCAGCAGACCCAACUAGGUUCAAAAUAUGUCAAGAAUACAAUAUUCCACUCAAUAUUACGGCCGAAAUUACGGUCCCUACUGCGGAGUAUACGCCAUUCCAAAAUAAUUUGGAUGUGGCCGCCUGGUUAUUCAACCUCGCACGCCGUGAUUCCAAAACAGCAUUUGUUCCUCUUGCUGGAUCCAAGAAUGUCACGCAUUCUUAUAAUAUUUCCGGCACCAUCUGCAGUCCUCUCACUCCUACUAAUAACCAAACGACGAUCAUCCUUGCCACACAUGGACUCGGUUUCGAUAGAAGGUAAGCACACGCUACUGUAUGACAUGGAACAGUUACAUGUACUGACCUGAACCAGAUAUUGGGAUAUCAGGAAGAAUCCAGCAAACUAUAGCUUUGUGGAUUCUGCCAUAAGUAGUGGAUACUCGGUAUUCUUUUACGACCGUCUUGGAACAGGGAAAUCAACAAAGUAUGUUUGCGACCAUUUAUUUACACAUAGUAUCAAUUCCUGACUCUCAUCAGGGUUUCCGGUUAUGAUGGAGCCCACGCAAACAUCCAACUCGCAAUCCUCAAACAACUCUCAAUUCUCCUCCGUGAAGGAAAGUACACAGGCUCCCUCGGAAAGCCCGCAAAGCUAGCACAUCUCGGUCACUCAUUCGGCUCUUUCCUUUCAAACGCGCUCAUAUCCGAUAGUCCUGAACUCUCAGAUGCAGCCCUACUCACAGGCUUAGGCUACGACAUGUCAGGCAUGGCACCAUCUAUAGAAGCCCUAGCUCUCCGCAUCGCCAACCGCCAGAGCAAAUUCAAAGCCCUAGAUAACGAAUACCUAGGUGCCAUUGACUCCCCAGCUUUCGCGCAAUUCUUCCUGCACGCCGGAUAUUACGAUGUAGCUCUCUUGAAUCUUGCUUUUCAGUUGGCGCAACCCCUGGCCGCCGUUGAGUAUCUGACCCUGGCGACUUUACAACUCAGUUCACCUGAUUUUACAGGCCCCGUGAUGGUAGGCAUCAUAAUUUCAUCCGGGUAAUUGGAGGCAUGCUAAUGAGUAUAGGUUAUGGAUGGUGAAAAUGACUUCCCUCUUUGUGGAGGCAAUUGUGUUGGGACCUUGGGUCCAGCGCAGACGUUGUAUCCCAAUGCUACUGAUUUACAGACCGUCCUGCAUCCUAAUGUUGGUCAUGGUAUCAAUUACUCGCUUAAUGCGACUGCAGCUUAUAAUGUUCUGCUUGAUUAUCUUCAUAAGCAUGGUAUAUAAGAACCUGAUUUUCUGAUGCAAUAUUUGUGAUUGUUGGCGAGUUGAAGCAAUAUGACGAAGUGGUGGAAAAAUAAGAGAAUAGGAAUAGGGAAAUUGGUGUGGACGUUUUAAAUUAAGAUAUAGA